AUGAAGGUCUCCAGGAUAGUCCUCUGUGUCCUCUUGGUUGGAGUCCUCUGCUCCAAAGUCCAGGCUGCCAUACAAGGCGGUAGCAUUGCCGGAUACUGUUGUGAAAGAUACACUUCCAGACCCAUCUCCAGGAGGCUGGUACAGACCUUUGAGCUGAACAAGAGCAGCUGCCCUCUAUCUGCUGUAAUAUUCAUCACCAAAAAAGGAUACAAAGUCUGCUCUGAUCCUGAAGCAAAAUGGACUCAGAAAUAUGUGGCUUCCCUGAAAUCCUGGAGGGUCCCUAUUUGA